UGGACCGCGGCUAUGCUCCCGUCCGAAAAACGGUGUGGCACAGGGGUGAGUAGAAUAAACCAAAGACGCUAUAUUGUGUCUGGGAUUCUCGGCCUCGUUGGAAAUCUAGAAUUGUUAGAUGAAGAUGGAAAUUAGGCCUCUGUUGAUGUGCUUUGCUCUGUGUGUGGUUUAUGCCACCAGUAAACCCACAGAAAAGAAAGACCGUGUCCACCACGACACGCCACUGAGCAGCAAGGAGCACGAUGAUGGCACAAACUUUGACUAUGACCACGAUGCCUUCCUUGGCGAGGAGGAAGCCAAGAGUUUUGAUGACCUGACCCCAGAGGAAAGCAAGAUUAGGCUUGGUAAAAUAGUGGAUAAGAUUGAUGCAGACCAGGAUGGCUUUGUCACAGAGGCUGAGCUGAAAGCAUGGAUAAAAAAGGCUCAAAAGAAAUACAUCUAUGACAAUGUGGAAAGGCAGUGGAAGGAUUUCGACAUGAAUAACGAUGGUAUGAUCUCCUGGGAUGAAUACAAGAAUGUCACAUAUGGCACCUACCUCGAUGACCCUGAGCCUGAUGAUGGCUACAACUAUAAGCAGAUGAUGGCCAGAGAUGAGCGACGCUUCAAAAUGGCUGAUGAGAAUAGAGACCACAUUGCUGACAAAGAGGAGUUCACUGCCUUCCUCCACCCUGAGGAGUAUGAACAUAUGAAGGGCAUUGUUGUGUUGGAAACUAUGGAGGAUAUUGAUAAGAAUGGUGAUGGUUUUAUUGACCUGGAGGAGUAUAUUGGUGACAUGUACAACCAUGAGGAUGAAAUGGAUGAGCCAGAAUGGGUGGCGACAGAGCGUGAGCAGUUUUCCGAGUUCAGAGACAAGAACAAGGAUGGGAAGAUGGACAAAGAGGAGACCAUGGACUGGAUUCUACCAGCUGACUAUGACCAUGCAGAGGCUGAAGCAAAGCAUCUGGUAUAUGAGUCUGACACAAACAAGGAUGGAAAACUAACCAAAGAAGAAAUUCUCAACAAGUACGACUUGUUUGUGGGUAGCCAAGCAACUGACUUUGGGGAGGCAUUAGUUCGACAUGAUGAGUUUUGAUUAACUUUUCUAGUAUUAUAGAUAAUUACUUUUUAACUUGAUUGUUAAGGAAUAUAAUUUAUUUUGUAUUGCUUCAUCGUAAUGCAACACUAAACCCUCAGAUUUUGUUUACUUGGUGAUGGAUUGUUUUCCUUUUAUUUGCACAUGAAGAUGCAUUCAUAAUGUUUCGUGUUUUUCUGUAAAGUAUGUUCUUAUCAGUUGUUAUUUUGCUCAGUCUUUGGAAUCACUGUCAAUGUACAGCAUUAUCAUUUCCUGAUUAUACUCAUUGUAAUGAGGAGCGAUUAUAGGACCAGUCUUGGGGUUUUAUACCAGAAAUAUAUCUCUGUGGCUUUGCUAACGUCCACUGCGUUUCAGAGUAAUGAUCAGAUCCCCCUACUGUUCACAGUCCUCUUGGGAUUUUACAAGUAUAAAGAAUGGUCUCUGAGGCUUUAUUCAAACUAAUAUAUGUAUUCAAGUAUGUAUAUAUGAUUUCAUAAGUAUAGAUAAUCUCAAAUUUGUAUCCUGUGUGUACUUGUUUUGGCACAAACACUAGAGGAUUUUUAGGCCCUAGAUCAUGAGAAUCAUAUAUAUAAGACAAUAUCCAUGGGUUUUCCACUGAUAUUUUCACAGAUUUUUUUUUUUUUUCAUGGCAAUUUACUGGCAUUCUGAUUUGGCUCUUCAGUAGGGACUAUGUUUAGAACCUCAAUUUGUUUUUGGUUCCCACUGUCAUAGUGUCCAAUCAAAGAUGUUACUGAAGGUUGCUGUUUUUAGCUUGAUAUUGAUUGGGUUCUGUUGGCCCAUUUAGAAUUUGGCCAAAUUUUUUAAUUUUCUUAAACACAAGUCAAAACUCAUCCUUGGGGUUCAAGCAGUGCUGUUAUAGUACCUACAGAUUAUUUUUUAAACACCAAAUCGUCAAUAAAAUGUAAUUAUGAAAACUAAAAAAUAGUUUAUUAGUCAUUUAUUGGGACAAUUGCCUUGAUUUCAUCAUUCACAUUGUCAGUUUUUAGUAAGAUCCCAAAAUAGAAGCAGACAAUAAUGUUUAAAAUUCCUGUGAUAUGUAUUUAUUCUGUGUAUUUUGUAAUUAUGUUGCAAUGUACAGUAUAUUUCAUAUAUAUUAUUAAAGUGAUGGCCAUGGUUACAUUU